AUGGACGUUAUGGUAGAAGGGCCUAGAGCCGCUCAGGUGGCCAGCAUGCUGCACGAAAGAGAAAUACCAUACGCCAUUGCUAUGGGUGACGUAGAUAUUAUGGUGGAGAAGGAACAGGGCACUGUGCUCAACAAACUUGUAAAGAAUUCAGCUACAGUACGACCAAUGGAUUGGCACAGUUACCACCGUUUGGAUGUAAUCUACACGUGGAUGGAUAAUUUACAAAAGGAGUAUCCAUACUUGUGUAGCGUCAUGGUGAUCGGUAAAUCUGCUGAAGACAGAGACAUAAAGUUACUAAAGAUAUCCAAUGGAACCAAGGGUAACACAGGGGUAUGGAUCGAUGGCACCAUCCACCCGCGUGAGUGGAUCACCACUGCGGUUGUCACUUACAUCGCCAACCAGAUUGUGAGGAAUUUCCAUGAGUACUCUGAGAGUGUGACGAGUAAAGAUUGGUAUAUUUUACCAGUCUUAAAUCCAGAUGGCUACGAAUAUACGCAUACACAUGAUCGUAUGUGGAGAAAAAAUAGAGCACAGUACGGUGAAUGUGUAGGUGUGGAUCUCAACAGGAACUUUAGUUACGGAUGGGGCGAAAAAGGCGAAGAAGGCUCCUCCGAUGAUCCCGGAAAUAUAUUUUUCCGAGGCCCGAAAGCGUUUUCGGAGCCGGAAACGGCAGCUGUUAAGCGCACAAUCCUGCACAGCGGGACAAAUUUCAAGGUGUUCAUCUCAUUUCACAGCUACGGAGAGGUGAUAAUCUUCCCCUGGGGCUAUACAGCCGACCCUUGUCCCGAUUAUGUCGAAUUACUUGAAGGAGGGACCGCUAUGGCCAAGGCUAUUUUCGAAGCCAGUGGGCAUACUUACAAGGUUGGCAGUACAAAGGAUCUCAUGUACUUCUCAGCCGGCACCAGCGUCGAUUGGAGCUAUGGGGUGGCGAACAUACCCUUUUCAUACAUGAUAGAAUUGAGAGGCAAAGAACAUAGAUUUCUCCUACCCAGAGAAGAUAUCAUACCCACUGCAAGGGAGGCAAUGUGUGGCGUAUUACGACUUCUUGAUUUCGUGGAUAAAAGAUGCAAAGGCACACAAGCCUGCGUGUGUCCAAAAUAG